UGGCGCUAUUUUCUUUUACUUUUUGUCCCCCAAUUUUGCCGUCUGAUUGGCCUCCAUUUCCUUCGCCGAGUCGCUGAGAGGUGAACGCCAACAGUGAAUGCUACUCAAGAAGAAUUAGAAAGGAUUGAAUUGAACCACACGUUGUCUCACGAUUUUGAUUUUGUAAUAGUUUAAUAAAGUUAAUCCUCUAUCAUCAUGCCGCCAAAAAAGUCGAUGGAGGAAACAGAUCGCUUGACCCGUAUAGCAAUUGUAAAUUCGGAUAAAUGCAAACCUAAACGGUGUAGGCAAGAAUGCAAGAGAUCAUGUCCAGUGGUACGAAUGGGAAAACUCUGUAUAGAAGUUAACCCAAACAGUAAGAUAGCGUCCAUCUCAGAGGAGCUAUGUAUUGGAUGUGGUAUCUGUGUUAAGAAAUGUCCAUUUGAGGCAAUAUCUAUCAUUAAUCUUCCUAGCAAUUUGGAAAAGGAAACAACGCAUCGCUACUCAAAAAACUCGUUUAAACUACAUAGACUUCCAAUCCCACGUCCUGGUGAAGUUCUCGGGCUCGUGGGAACUAACGGAAUUGGUAAAUCGACUGCCCUUAAAAUUUUAGCUGGCAAGCAAAAGCCAAACUUGGGUAGAUUUUCCGAUCCGCCGGAUUGGACAGAAAUUUUGAGUCACUUCAGAGGUAGUGAGUUGCAGAAUUAUUUUACCAAGAUCUUGGAAGAUGAUCUAAAAGCACUUAUCAAGCCUCAGUAUGUCGACCAGAUUCCUAAAGCAGUAAAGGGCACUGUGCAACAACUCCUAGAUAAAAAAGAUGAAUGCAAGAAUCAAAUGAUAAUCUGUGAAAUGCUUGAUCUGUUACAUAUACGCGAUCGAGGUAUCGAAGCACUUUCUGGUGGUGAAUUACAGCGAUUUGCCUGUGCGAUGGUAUGCAUUCAAAAUGGAGAUAUUUUUAUGUUUGACGAGCCCUCCUCGUAUCUAGAUGUCAAACAGCGUCUUAAUGCUGCUGUAACUAUCAGAUCUCUUAUUCAUCCAGACAAAUUUAUAAUCGUGGUGGAACACGAUUUGUCGGUUUUGGACUAUCUGUCUGAUUUUAUUUGUUGCCUAUAUGGCGUGCCCGGAGCAUAUGGAGUCGUUACUAUGCCGUUUUCCGUAAGAGAAGGAAUAAAUAUUUUCCUCGACGGAUUCGUUCCCACGGAAAAUUUGCGUUUUCGAGAGGAAUCUCUUGUCUUUAAAGUGGCAGAGAGCGCAACCGAAGAGGAAGUUAAACGUAUGAAUCACUACGAAUAUCCCGCAAUGACGAAGACCAUGGGCUCAUUUAAGUUGUGUGUCGAGAAAGGUCAAUUUACCGACUCGGAAAUACUUGUACUGCUAGGAGAAAAUGGAACCGGUAAAACGACUUUCAUUCGAAUGUUGGCUGGUAACUUACCGCCGGAUGAUGGAUCAGAAAGUAUUCCUCAGCUUCAUAUAAGUUAUAAACCGCAGAAAAUAAGCCCCAAGUCUCAAGGUAUCGUUAGACAGUUGUUGCACGAAAAGAUCAGAGACGCAUACGUACAUCCGCAAUUCGUAACCGAUGUGAUGAAGCCUCUGAAGAUAGACGAUAUUAUGGAUCAAGAGGUACAGAAUCUCUCCGGAGGCGAGUUACAACGUGUUGCUUUAGCUCUUUGUUUGGGAAAGCCCGCUGAUGUUUAUCUGAUCGACGAACCAUCAGCAUAUUUGGAUUCUGAGCAACGUUUAGUCGCUGCGAAAGUUAUCAAAAGGUUUAUAUUGCACGCGAAGAAAACGGGAUUCGUCGUAGAGCACGAUUUUAUAAUGGCAACGUACCUAGCCGAUCGUGUGAUAGUAUUUUCCGGUACGCCGUCUCUAGCGACUACCGCGCAUAGUCCUCAGUCUUUAUUGAAUGGUAUGAAUAGAUUUUUGGAAUUAUUAGGCAUCACCUUCAGAAGAGAUCCGAAUAACUUCCGACCGAGAAUCAAUAAGAAUCAAUCGGUGAAGGAUCUGGAACAGAAGAAGGCCGGACAAUAUUUCUUCCUGGAGGAAUAAGAUGCACAAUAUUGUGCAACGUACAUAUAAUACGUUAGCGAGUUUUUGUAAAUCUUUAUACUUUUUAAAUGCCGGGAAUGGACUUUUUACGAUAUAAUAUCGUGUAUAUCGUAAGAUAUAUCAGCGCUAUCUAUUCCGUAAUUAUUUUGGAUAUUAUUCAACAAAACUUGUAAACGAUACUUCCACGGUAAAAUUAUCGUUAUUUUACUGCACGAGUGAAGCAAAUUGUGUAGCUAUGCAUACCUGCCGCAUAUUGGAACUAAUAAAUUAGGUGAAUCGUGUACAGAAGAAUCGAAAACGCACUGCAGGCAUUGGUUUCGUGCAUUUACUAGCUAUUUAUAUAAUUUGUGUAUAUUCGAUGUGUGACAUAAGAAAAUCUCAAUAUUACAAACACAUUUACAUGUACGUUCAAUGAAAUAAUAUUAAAUCGCAAAUCAUGCGCGAAUGAGUUAUUGAAUAAA